AUGCAUUUCUCUGUCCGCCUUAGCCUGCUUCUGACGCUCGCGUCCUCGCUGCCUCUGGUCUCGGCUAUCCCACAGCACGAAGACCAGGCAUAUACAUUCCCCUCGCCCGGCCGUAGCGCGACAGCAAACACAGAUCCGGUGCUAGAAGUUGGGCGGGAGACACAGCGGACGCCGUCUGCAUGGACGAGACUGCGGGACUCGCUCGUUGAGUCGGUCUGGGGCCUGCCGCAGCGCAAGGAGGGCGGCGAGUGGAGGACUAGGAACCAGGUAACGACGGCCUCAAGGGCGCCAGCAACACUGCAGGCGAGAUACGGAGAAGACGUCGUCCUUAGAUUUACGAUCAAGACGCAGGAGGAGGUGAAGGCGCUGGUGGAAGCGUCCAAUAUACUGUUUCUUGAUGUCUGGGGCAGCCAUGAUGACUGGGUUGAUAUACGGCUCUCCAGAGAUGUUAUCCCAUCACUGCUCGGACUGCUCCCUCCGUCUCUACAAAGCUCUCAUGUCCCUCUGAUCCGCGACCUGGCCCAGACCAUAUACGAAUCAUAUCCAAAGACCAACCCAUCUUCGCCCUCACAGCAGGGACCUACGACCCGUCGCUUCUCUCCGUCCGCCAGCACCUCGAAAACGAAACCUCAGGAGACCAAGAAUAUCUUCUUCCAGGACUACCAGCCGCUCUCUGUCCUUCUCCCGUGGAUGCGUCUGCUCGUGUCCAUGUUCUCCUCCCAUGCUACCUUGAUCAGCGUGGGCACAACGGCCGAGGGGCGCGAUAUUCCUGCUCUUCGAGUUGGCGUUCAUCCUACAAACAAUGCACAGCAGGCCCCUAGACGGAGGACUAUCGUCAUAUCCGGCGGUGCCCAUGCUCGAGAAUGGAUCAGCGUCUCCACGGUCUCAUACAUUGCAUACUCCUUCAUAACCGGAUAUGGGAAGUCCAGAUCGAUCACCAAGCUGCUGGAACAGUUCGACUACGUCUUUAUCCCCACUGUCAACCCAGAUGGCUAUGCAUAUACCUUCUCUACCGACCGUCUGUGGCGCAAGAACCGACAGCAAACUUCCCUUUCUUUCUGUCCCGGAAUCGACCUCGACCAUUCCUGGGGCUAUGAAUGGGACGGCAACGCAACUCGUAGCAACCCUUGUUCGGAAAAUUAUGCAGGUGACCAGCCGUUCGAGGCUAUCGAAGCACGCGAGAUCGCUACCUGGGCCCGCAAAGAGGUAACCGUGAAUAACGUUCAAUUCGUUGCGUUUGUGGAUCUGCACUCCUAUUCACAGCAGAUCCUGUACCCGUACGGCCAUUCAUGCGCCCAUCUACCCGCCAAUCUAGAAAACCUAGAAGAACUAGGUGCCGGCCUAGCGAAGGCCAUCCGCAAAACCUCACGAGAAAACUAUGACGUCAAAGCUGCAUGCAGAGGCAUUGUGGCGUCCAGCAUGGGUGAUAAAGAUGCAGAUGAAGCAGUGACCUCAUCCGCGCUUGAGAGUACCGCGGGAAGCGCGCUGGAUUGGUUCUAUCAUGACAUGGACGUCCGCUUCUCGUACCAGAUUAAGUUGCGAGACAGAGGGAGCUACGGCUUCCUACUGCCGAGAGAACAAAUUGUUCCAACUGGAAAGGAGAUCUACCGCGCUAUGGUAGCCAUGGGCAAGUUCCUAGUCAGCCCACAUAUCCUAACAGGAGAUUUGAACGGGCCACACGCAGCAGAGGAGACACAGAACUAUGAUGAUGACUUUGAGGAGGACGAAGCUGAGGAAGACUCAGAUGUCUUCCGUGCACAGGGAGAUGAUAUGUCGUCCUAG